GUAUGUCGCACGUGUUCGUGUUUCGAGCCGGCACUAUAAUUGGUUACACCGUCCUUCACCAUAAGGCUACCGGCGUCUAGAUGCGGAGGAGGCUUGUGCAUUAUUUAAGGAAAUGUCCACCAAAGUUAAAGGUUGAUUGAUUGCUUCUAAAUCAACACAUUUUAUCCUGACAUUCAUCUACUGUACGUGAGAACAAGAAGACGUCAUCCAUCAUGAUUUUUAAAGUCUGAACAUUCUGAACAAACUACCUCAACCAUGUUGUCAAGAUGUGUCGUUGCACGCAACUCUCUGAAGUGGAAGUGUUGCUGGAAAUCUAAUGUUGACAUUAAUUAUUGGUCUUCCAAUCCAAGGUGUUGCUUUUUUGCAAAUGUAGUCCAGAGGAAAACUCAUACAUGGAUGAGAGCACCCUCAUCAAGGAUAAGCCGGAAGCCGGUGUUUGCUCGUGCUCCAGCAUUUGAAAACAGAACGGCCGUGAUAGACAGUAGUGGCAGCCACAGCUACAAGCAGCUGUAUGCUAACAGCUUGGGCCUUGCAGGGAGAAUCAACGCCGCACUACACUCUGACUUAGGACGGCUGGAAGGUAAACCAAUCUCCUUCCUGUGUGCUAAUGAUGCUUCUUAUACGGUGGCCCAGUGGGCGACUUGGAUGAGUGGUGGGACAGCAGUUCCACUGUACAAAAAACACCCACCAUCAGAACUGGAGUACAUUAUCACAGAUUCGCAGAGUGCCCUGCUGGUGGCGGGGGACCCCUAUGCUGAAACGUUGGAGCCCCUGGCACAGAGACUGGGUCUGCCUUGCCUGACACUUCCCCCUACUUCAAAACUCAGCACGUUACACAACAGUGACAACCAAGACAUGGAGGAGGCCAGCAAGGACUGGGCUGAGAGGCCGGCCAUGGUUAUUUACACCAGUGGUACUACAGGGAGGCCCAAGGGUGUUCUACAUACACACAGCAGCAUCCAAGCUAUGGUGGAGUGUCUGGUCUCUGAGUGGGCGUGGUCCCAAGAUGACAUCAUUCUCCACACGCUGCCACUCCACCAUGUCCACGGCAUUGUAAAUAAGCUGCUGUGCCCUCUCUGGGUCGGUGCCACUUGCGUCAUGCUGCCUGAAUUCCAUCCUCAAAAGGUAUGGGAGAUGCUGCUGAACUCCAAAGCUCCACUGGUUAAUGUUUUCAUGGCUGUGCCAACUAUCUACUCCAAACUGAUCGACUAUUACGAUCAGCACUUUACUCAGCCCCAUGUCAAGGACUUUGUCAAAGCAGUGUGCAAAGAAAGGAUAAGACUCAUGGUUUCUGGGUCUGCUGCUCUCCCGCUGCCCACUCUGCAGCGCUGGGAGGACAUCACGGGGCACACACUGCUGGAACGCUACGGCAUGACUGAGAUUGGCAUGGCACUGUCCAACCCUCUGAAGGGCCCUCGCAUCCCAGGAGCUGUCGGGUUGCCGCUGCCAGGUGUGGAAGUGCGAAUUGUAAUGAAUAACACAACCAACACCACAAUUGUAGAGGGAAACCACAGAGAAACUCAGGUACGGCCAGGUCUAGCUGGGAAGGAAGGGGAGCUCCUGGUCCGAGGUCCAUCUAUCUUUAAGGAGUACUGGAACAAACCUCAAGACACCACAGAGUCUUUUACAGAUGACGGCUGGUUUAAAACAGAGGCCAUAGGACACACCCUCGCGGCGCCGACACCGCCCAGUUUGGCGCAGAGAGGUCUCCAAAAUCGGCAAACACGUGCCGUGACCCUUGCGCUGGCAUGAAUAUCAAGAUAUACUCCAUUUGCACUCCAGCACACGUCUACGACGAUAGAGCCCGAGAUGUCUCCUCUCAUUCUAUCGCUGUCUUCCUUCAUAUUUUAUAUGUACUUUACUCUUGAACUGGAUACAUACACACACACACAUGUACACACAGAAACACAUACAUUUCCUUGGAUAAAGUGAAUUCUGACACGAAUUGCAUAAAUUGUCUUGUUAGAAGGAGUCACAAAAGGAGGAAAAUAGCGAGCUGGAAGAUGAGCUUGGAGAAGGGUUUAUGGAGGAGGGGUUAGAAAGAGUCCGCUCAGACAAGGUGCGGAUGACUAGUGGAUGGUAGGAGCUGGAAAGCAGCAAUGCAGUGAUGGAGAGCAAAGUUAGGAGGGCAGAGUGUGUUUAAUUGGCCUUGCACCCUGGAAGGACAGAGAUCCCCAGAGCACAGCACGCUGUUGUCACACUCCAUUUAAGCCACUGGCCACAUAAUAAGUGCCUGAGCAAUCAGUUCCCCACAGACCGGUCAGUACCUCAAGCCACCCAUGCGCAAACACUUGCACGCACACACACACACACACACACACACACACUAUAUAAUGUCAAAGGUGGAAUCAAACACAGCAAAAAGUCCUAAAAUAGUCUACUGUUUACUGUGUACAGUCUUAAGUUUACCGAGAAUGUCAGUUAACCAAGAAUAUAAGCAAAAACAGGUCAUUAAGAAGUCUGAGCAUUUUGGUAGAACAAACUUGGAAGUAAGUUACAACAAGUCAAUGCUUCUGUGUUGCCUUAUUGUCUGUUUAAAAACGGGGGUUUUGGUUAUUCAGAGAUCCAGAUGGCUACGUUAUAUAUCCGUGAAGCUGAGAAUAAAAGGCAUUUACUUAUAUGUAAAUUGAGGUCUACAGUUGGUGGAAAGGUAUUUCAGCCCUUUAUAAUUUCUUAAAUUUCUGGAUAAAUUGCUUAUAAAAUGUAGUCUGAUCAUCCAAAUCACAAUAAUAAACAGUUUGCUUAGACUAAUACCACACAACUAUGUUUUCAUAUUUUUAUAAAACCUUACAUGCAAACAUUCACAGGACAGGGAGGAAAAAGUCAGUGAACCCUUGGACUUAACUGGUUGACCCUGCUUUGAGAGAAAUAACCAGACAUGCACAACGAUGAGGUUGAAUUCCUCUUUCCAAAACUUGCAGUUCAGCAAGAUUCCUGGGAUGUCUGGUGUGAAUAGCUUUCUUGAGGUCACGCCACAUCAUCUCAAUCGGGUUGAGGUCAGGACUUUGACUGGGCUGCUCCAGGACACAUAUUUUCUUGUUCUGAAGCCAUUCUGUUGUUGAUUUGCUUUUGUGUUUUGGAUCAUUGUCAUGUUGCAACACACAUCCUCUUUCAUUUUCAUUUUCAAUAAAUUUUUCCAUUAAUGUUACCAAGCUGACCAGGCCCUGAGUUAGCAGAAAGCAUGCUCAUACCAUGAUGGUCCCUCCACCACACUUCAGAGUUGGAAUAAGGUUGUGAUGUUGGUGUGCUGUUUUCCUCCACACAUGGCAUUGCGUGUUGCUCUCAAACAAUGUAACCUUGUUUCCCGAAUAUUUUUCCAGUAGUGCUGUGGAACAUCCAAGUGCUCGUUGCCUAAUUUCAAAUGUGCACCAAUGUUUUUUUUUUUUUUUUUGCUAUGAAUUAAAAUCGGCCAUGCAUUCCUGA